AUGACAAUCCAGCCCGGCGGCGACGAAGUAGCCACCUCACCAGUAAUCGAAAACUUUCCUCUCAGCUAUGUUCCCGAGGGCAUCAAGUCCACUGCGAAAGAAAUCAGUAGAAUUCUUGCCUGGGCACAUAUUGCUUUUGCCUUGGACGAAUCAUGGGGUUGUUUCGCAACGCUCGUUGCAACGAUCAUUCACCGUAAUCCUCUCUCUCUCUCUCUCCCUCUCUCUCUCUCUCUCCCUCUCUCUCUCUCUCUCCCUCUCUCUCUGAACUCUUCUACACAUUUUUAUCUUUCGUCUAUCUUGCUUUCUUUCCAGUUCAUACCAGUGGGUCCGCCUUAUAGCAGAUUUCGCAUUAUCUGCUUACCGUCCGUUCAUGCCUUUGCAUCGAUUAUUUCUUUUGCUUAUGCCUUUACACACUCUUUCUGUCUUCCCGCUUUCUUUCUCUCCUUUCUAACCACCUCUAAACGGACUGUCUCCUCACCCCGACAAACUCAACGCCCAACCUCACAACCGAUUCCGUGUCUGCUGAAACGGAAGAGGAAACCAUAUGGACAGGCUUCCACGUGUUAUUAUCGGAUUGACCCUGCCGAUGCCACAGACUCUUCUCUUCAGCCCGAACCUCUUUGCCCUCUGAUCGCUUUCAUAAAUUCGAUCUGCCCUGGCUACGCACCUAGCCAGGCACUACGCCACUGCGUUCACAGAAACCAUCGUUCUUUCCUCUGUUCAUGCGGUUAA